CCCCUCGUGACCACGGAAGGUGCUGCCGGGACUUUCAAUACUCCCCAGGAACCAACCAGGCCUGUCAAUGAGCCCACUGGUGCAACACAACCCCAGGCCACGGGAUUUAGGACACUUACUAGCCCUUCUUCAAGGCCAACGGGCAAGUCAAUCGAAUUAGACCUCAGCGACGCCACGCUCGGCCAACACGCAACCGCUCCGCCAAAUGGCAAUGCAUCUUUCAGUCUUAACAUCACGAAACCGCUGGAUAUCGCGCCAGGCGAGCUCGUCAGGCUCAUAGCUUCAAUCAGAGUUGAAGAAGUUGGCGCUCCAAGUCCGCAGGUUGGGUUGCUCUUACGACGAGACUUGACAGGCUCCACUCUGCAGAUGAUUAUGGACCAGAAAACCAUUUACGAUAAAGAGCUUGAGACCACGGCGGGGAAGUUCAAAGAGGUGGAGAGUGAAAAGACUAUGAGCUCAGAUAACCCGAAGCUUGAAAUAAUCCAAGAAUCUGGCGCGAAGCCCGUGGAUGUCACUAUCCGUGGUAUCAGGUUGGCCGAGGCGAAG